AGCUGCGAGUCCUAAAGCUGCUGACGGUUGCCAUAGCGACAAGACCCCGGAAACACACCGUGAUCAGCUUACUACGUGUUUACCAGAGGGGAGCAAACUCAUAACGGUAGAGUUUGUUUUGUUUUGUUUUUUUGGUUUGUUUGUGCGUAAGUAGACGGCAAAUAUGUCGGAGCCCGAAGAGGGGCUGCGGAGAGAACAGCGAGAGAGCACGAAGAAGAAGAAGAAGAAAGGGAAGCUGAGUGGGAAAAAGAAAAAGGAGAAGCGAGAAGGAGAGGAGCAGGUGGAGGUGGAGGUGGAGCAGGAGAUGCAGAGUGAGUGUGUUGUGCUACGUGGGAUCUUCAAACUGGGCAAGAAGAGUCAUGACGUGCUGCUCACCCGAACCAGACUGACCUGGACCCCCAUCAUCCCAGAGAGCCCCACAGGUGAGACAAGUGUCCUACAGGCAGGUGAGGUGCUGCUGCAGGACAUAUUUGCAGUGAAGGUGAAGCGGAGGCGAGCUGCAGGCCAGCAGUCAGGGGGACCAGUACUCGGUGUGGCUCUCUUCUGCUGUAGGAGGAGAGGGAGAAGGCUGGAGGAGGACACUCUGCACCUCCACAACGCCUCCUCAGAACACACACACGCUUGGUACAACACACUGAAGGAGCUGCUCGCAGAGUUAAGCAGCCGUCCCAAGUAUCUGAAAGUCUUCAUCAACCCCAGCAGCCACAAGAAGGAGGCUGUUCACAUCUAUAGAGACCAUGUGGCUCCUCUCUUCAAGAUGGCUGACGUCCACACAGACAUCACCGUAACGGAUAGGAGGGGUCAUGCUCUCUCAGUGAUGAAGGAAUGCAAACUGGAUGAAUAUGAUGGAGUGGUGUGUGUCGGUGGAGAUGGUUCAGUUGCAGAGCUGUGUCAUGCUCUGGUCCUGAGAGCACAGCUGGAUGCAAAUUCUCCAGAAAAACCAGCGAGAGCUGCGUUGCCACUGGGAAUCAUUCCAGCUGGGUCUACAGAUGUGGUUUCCUGUUCUGUUCAUGGGGUUAGAGAUCCAGUCACUGCAGCCCUCCACAUCAUCUUGGGUCACCUGCAGCAGGUGGACAUGUGCAGCUUCUCAUCUCAUGGCCAGUUAGUGCGCUUCGGUUUCUCUGCCAUGUUUGGUUUUGGUGGGCGGAGUUUAGCCAGGGCAGAAAAGAAGAGGUGGAUGCCAUCGUCACGACGACGAGAAUAUGCACUGGUGAAGACGCUGGCUAGGCUGAGACCAGAGGACUGUCAGCUCUCUUUUUUACCAGCAAGGAAGUCAAACAGCAGGUUAUUUGUACAGCGAGAUGAGGACCAAGACCAGGACCAGGACCCAGAGUCAGAGGGGGAGGAGUCCUGGGUUACCAAUCAGGGCCUGUAUCUGAGCAUCAGCAUCAUGUCCAUCCCCUGCCUGAGUCCACACGCACCUCAAGGGUUGGCUCCAAACACCAGUUUGGCCAAUGGCAGUGCAACACUGAUUGCAGUAGGAAACACCUCCAGGUCAGAGUUCAUUAAACACCUAAAGAGAUACAGCAACUCUACUGGACAGUUCAGCUUCCCCUUCGUGGAGACACAUGCCGUGUCAGCGGUGAGGAUCCGCCCUUGCUCGCUGACUGGCUGCUCUGAGGAUGAGAGUGAGGAAGAGGGCGACUCAAAAACCACACCCUUCAUCCACUCAGAGGGAGCCACCUUCCCCUGGAACAUCGAUGGAGAGCUGGUGGAGAUCACUAAUGAAGUGCUCAUCAGGGUCCACCCAAGACUCAUCACUCUGUACGGCGAGGAGGUGGAAGAGGCUGAGUCGUCCGUCUCCUGCAGCUGCAUCUGAGAACAACGAGGGGGCGCUGCUCUGUGUGUCUGCUGGUUUGGGAUCACGGCACUCACCGUGGUAACCAGGAUGCCCCAACAAUGCCCUUUGUACACACUCUGAGCUCAUAAUUUGAAAUCUGUUCACCCACCAUUGUAACAGUGUUUUUUAUUUCUAGAGGACAAAUAAAGAAUAAUUAAGUUUUAAUUAUGUAUCAGUUGUAGAGCUGGCCAAUGAACAUAAAGAUGGUUUUAUGUUUAAAUGAAUGUUUACAAUUUACUUGCCCAUUUUUUUCAUGACCUGACUUUAAUUUCACAUGUUGCUUUUUUAAAAUUGAGUUUCAUCUCAUCCAGUUUCUGUGGCAGAGAACAAACAUGUUGAGUUUGUGUUCAAAAUAGUUUGACAUCAACAGAUUCCCAAAUGUUAAAUGAGUUUUUGUGUGCAUGAUGGCGAAGCAGAACCAGACUUGAUGCUUUUACUGCGUGUAGACUCUAAUGCUACGUACAAGCACUACAGAGGAGUUUUUUUUUUGGGCUCUAAUUUUCACACUGAGAUUGUCAUGAAAUAAAAAUACAAAAUCAA